CUCCACCACCGCCGCCGGGAAGUCAACUCCCUCUACACCGGCCCCACAGCAUCCCUGGCCAGGCUCCACACCCACGGGCCAGCGCUGGGGACCUGCUGGCCAGCAACACCCUCAGCCCCAACACUGCCUUCCAAGCCCUCAAGUGUACACAGAGCUUCCUGCAGAAGUCCAGUCAGCCUGGCAGGAUCCCCACCCUGGUGACAGAACGACACACUAACAACAGCCUCCAGCAUUUAACACUGACGGGGCUCAGGAGGCCAUGGUCCCACAGCCUAACUGGCCCCCUGAAACACUCCAGGAGAAGAAGCAUGAGUACCCCGGACAAGCAGGAGCAGACUGCUGCAGGGGGCAGGAGGGUCAGUGGUCGGCAGAUGAAGCAACUUGCUGCUGGCAACUCCAGCAACAAAGGAGAGAGGAAGUUUGUGUGUCUGGAGUGUGGAAAAGAAUUCACCUCAAGGGAAGGCCUCAGAUAUCACACCCUUACACGCACUGGUGUUAGGAACUACGAAUGUAAGGAAUGUGGGAAAAAAUUUAUCCAGAAGAGUGACCUUAAUACACACACCCUUACACACACUGGUGUGAAGAACUAUGAAUGUAAGGAAUGUGGAAAAAAAUUCAUCCAGAAGAGUCACCUUGAUAGACACACCCUUACACACACUGGUGUGAAGAACUAUGAAUGUAAGGAAUGUGGGAAAAAAUUCAUCCAGAAGAGUACCCUUGACAGACACACCCUUACACACACUGGUGUAAAGAACUAUGAGUGUGAGGAAUGUGGAAAAAAAUUCAUCAGGAAGUGUACACUUGAUGUACACACCCUUGGACACACUGGUGUGAAGAGUCAUGAGUGUGAAGAGUGCGGGAAGAGGUUCAGUAUGAAGUCGGCACUCAAUCGACACGUCUUCAGGCACUAUGGCCUUAGAGAGUUCAAGUGUGAUGUUUGUGGAAAGCUCUUUAAGGCAAAGGGUGACAUUGCCCAGCACAUGAAGAUCCACUUCUGAAGUGUGUCUGCCCACAGUAGUUGUAGUGACCAGGAUGUUGGCAGCAGCUGAGCCUGAUAGGGAAAGACAAGGUUACAUUAGCCAGUCAUUCAUUAUAUAUUUUUUUCUUUAGUUCAAGACAAGGUUACAUUAGUCAGUCAUUCAUUACAUAUAUUUUUCUUUAGUUCAAGACAAGGUUACGUUAGCCAGUGAUUCAUUACAUAUAUUUUUCUUUAGUUCAAGACAAGGUUACAUUAGCCAGUGAUUCAUUACAUAUAUUUUUCUUUAGUUCAAGACAAGGUUACAUUAGCCAGUGAUUCAUUACAUAUAUUUUUCUUUAGUUCAAGACAAGGUUACAUUAGCCAGUGAUUCAUUACAUAUAUUUUUCUUUAGUUCAAGACAAGGUUACAUUAGCCAAUCAUUCAUUACAUAUAUUUUUCUUUAGUUCAAGACAAGGUUACAUUAGCCAAUCAUUCAUUACAUAUAUUUUUCUUUAGUUCAAGACAAGGUUACAUUAGCCAGUCAUUCAUUACAUAUAUUUUUCUUUAGUUCAAGACAAGGUUACAUUAGCCAAUCAUUCAUUACAUAUAUUUUUCUUUAGUUCAAGACAAGGUUACAUUAGCCAAUCAUUCAUUACAUAUAUUUUUCUUUAGUUCAAGACAAGGUUACAUUAGCCAGUCAUUCAUUACAUAUAUUUUUCUUUAGUUCAAGACAAGGUUACGUUAGCCAAUCAUUCAUUACGUAAUUUUUCGAACAUGGUAUUAUUAUUUAUCAAGCUAUGUGGGUAGUUUGGGUUUCUACUUUCUUUGCAUCGAGACAGAACAAGGUUACGUCAGCUACCCCUUCGUUACGUCACAUGUACGUAGGCAUCGUUACAGCAGUUUUGAUUUUCCCGGAGUCGUUUAGGGUUGUCAUGCAUGUCUGUGUACAUACAUACGUACAUACAUAUAUAUUAUGUGUAUUUGUUUAUCUGUAUUACUAGGAGAGUAAGACUUUACGUAUACUCGCUGUGUUAGACAUUAAGUGCUCGGUCGGUGCUCGCCUCGCUGCCGUGCUAGGGGGCGAGGCAGCAUGACCCUCUUUGCUCUACGAUUCAGGGACGGCAGAACUUGUGUUGCGGAGAGAAAGUAUUGCUGUAGGACUUGUGUUGUGGAGAGAAAGUAUUGCUGUAGGACUUGUGUUGUGGAGAGGAAGUAUUGCUGUAGGACUUGUGUUGUGGAGAGGAAGUAUUGCUGUAGGACUUGUGUUGUGGAGAGGAAGUAUUGCUGUAGGACUUGUGUUGUGGAGAGAAAGUAUUGCUGUAGGACUUGUGUUGUGGAGAGGAAGUAUUGCUGUAGGACUUGUGUUGUGGAGAGGAAGUAUUGCUGUAGGACUUGUGUUGCGGAGAGGAAGUAUUGCUGUAGGACUUGUGUUGUGGAGAGGAAGUAUUGCUGUAGGACUUGUGUUGUGGAGAGGAAGUAUUGCUGUAGGACUUGUGUUAUGAAGGAAAAAAUGGAUUAUCGUAGAACUUAUCCUACAGAGGAGAGGAAGUAGUGCUGGUGGAUUGUAACAGAUGAGAAAAAGAUUACUACAAGACUUAUAUUAUGAAGGGGAAACAUAUACAGCAAGACUUUUAUUAUGUAGGAGAAGAAAGGCUUGUAUAUUGCUGGAGAGGAUUAAUGAGAGGUAGGACUGUUAACAAGGAGAAAAGGUUACGUACAUCAGAACUUGUGUUAUGAAAGAGGGAGACUUACGGCAAGACCUGUGUUAUGAAAGGAAAGGAGAGAAUUAACCCGGUAGCAGCGACGGGCCAAAUUUGUGUCUUUACCGUGUACCAGCGACGGGCCACAUUUUUGACAUGAUAUAAACCCCCCAAAAUAGAUGAUGCAUAAACUGAUCACAAAUGCGUUGAUAUAUAUUAUGAAAUGGUUCGCGUGAGUGAUGAUUUUUUCUCAUUUUUCAUGCUUAGAGGGGCCUUUAAGAAACGAUCCCUGCAGCUACCAGGUUAAACAGAGAGGUAGAAAGACUUAUGUAGGAGAAAAAGAAAGGAAGAAAAGGAGAAAAACUCAUCACUGGACAUAUUACGAAGGAUAACGUUGGAUUUUUUCCACUACGUAUACUUGUCGUCUAAUAAGAGAGGAAGUCUUAGACAAUUCAACAUCUCUUGGUUCGUAAUGACAAUAUAUUUUAAAUUCUUCCGACCCUCAACGACAACACAGGCUUGGGGUAAACAUUUACAUAGAGUUGGUCACGGUGAGGUUCUUUUCGGCUUGGUAUAUUGCUUGUCGUCUUAAGGAGGUAUGUAUAUCGUUUAGUCAUGUGCGCCGGGAUUUUCAAGCGUGGUAGAAGUAUUAAGCUCUGUGGCUGGUGUAAUUUUGCUUCUAAUUUUGAAAAGUCCCGUAUUUUCAGAGUGAAGUCAACAUAUUAACAAACUUUUACCAUUUUCUUGUGCCAGACUAUUAAAACAUGUAUUAGUAUUCAUUAAGUUAUGCAGCAAGUUCCGCUUUAUGGUUCAGUCUUUGGGACGGAGUUAUUAGCUAGAAGUGUUGGGUUUCCGGAAAGUCGCCACAUUAUGAAUUCAGCCGUAAGGUGUGAUAUACAAAAAUUGGCACUGAGCACGUCUUGAAAAACUGGUGAGCAAAGAGAAGUCAGCCACAGUGUUCUUGAAGGCUAAUACGGCGUUUGAAAAGUCGGGCGUUGAUUUCUUUGUUCACCCUAAAGAAAAACAAUCCAUUGCUCCGUUAGAAGCCCAGAAGUCAAGUAUGUAUUUGUUGAUUGUUAAGAGAAAUAAAAACACUUUGAAUAGUU